AUGGCCAUUGAAGAGGGUGUCAUGACUAACCACACUUCUUCACUCGACGAAGAGACCAGCAAGUCCAAAACUUCACGCAAAGUCGGCAGCAUAAUCACGAUCCUCAGCUCAGCAUUGGCCAAUCUCUCAGAUGGGUACCAGCAAAGUCUGGCUUCCUCGACAAAUGUGGUCUUCAAGCAGCUGCUCGGAAGCGACAUAUACACAUCUGAUGUUCAGACGAGGAUAUUCAACGCCCUUCUCGUUGGCUGCGUAAUCGGCAUUCUGAUAUUCGGCUUUGCCGCGGACAAGUUCGGUCGCAAAGGCGGCAUGCCUGUCACCAGUGGGCUUGUUAUCAUCGGAUCGCUCAUGUCUACAUUGGCAUUCCAGGUCUACGCAUCAUCUGGCGCCCACGAUAUGCUCUGGUAUCUGACGAUUGCCCGUGGUGCAGCCGGUGUGGGCGUUGGUGGCGAGUACCCGACAUCCGCUGCAGCAGUGCUCGAAGGAUCGAACGAGCACUUCGAUGCGCAGCGUGGACCUAUUCAGGUACUCACCAGCACGCUCAUGGCAACCUCCGGAAGCGCGCUCCGUACCCUGAUCUACCUUCUGGCAUUGCUCGGCAGUCACAACGGCUUGCGGGUAGCGUUCCAUACCAUGUACUCCGUCUCUACGAUCUUCCCGGUCAUUGUGGUGCUUGCGAGGUGGCAAAUGCAAGACGGCAAGCUGUUUGCAAGUAACAACUUCCAGAAGCGGCAGUACUGGCUUCGGAUCCUUGGCACGUCCUCUGCUUUCUUCCUGUACGACUUUGUGAAUUUUCUAAAUUCCAUCAUUAGCUCGGUCAUAAUCAACGGUCUAGUCCCUGGCAAGAACGUCCGGAUCGUAGCUCUGUGGCAGCUAUACUUGGCACUCAUGCCGAUUCCUGGCGUGUUGAUAGGAGCCUGGCUCGUCAACAGAAUCGGACGUCGCUGGACUGGGAUCGUGGGAUUCAUCGGCGGUUAUGUGAUCUGCGGCUUGACCAUCGGCGGCUUUUACCACCGACUCACCACCGAUGCACUUCCCGCUUUCGUCGUGCUGUACGGUCUCCUCCAAGCAUUCGGCCAUUCGGGCCCGUGGGCUACCAUCGAGUUGAUCUCUUGCGAAGCGUUCCCGACGCCUGCUCGUGGUAUGGGAUAUGGAGUUGCUGCAGCAUUUGGUAAAGCUGGAGCCGCAGUCGGCACACAGGUCUUCACGCCUAUCCGCGAGGCAGCUGGCCCAGAAUCGACGUUUUAUGUUGCGGGUGCCAUCGGCAUUGUGGCAUCUGGCAUAUAUUACUUCUUGCUGGAAGGGAAUCGACUCGAGCUUGAACGGGCAGAUGCAGAAUUUGAAAGACUGAUCCAGAACGAUGCCUCAAAAUAA